AUGGCAGUUGCACUAGCUGCUGCGCACAAGGUGGCAGCUCGAUCACUUCGAAAUAAUGAAACAGCAAGAAAGCAGGAUAUAAAAUCUGGCUCGAUCAAACAUGAGAAUGAAGAAAAGUCUCUCAAAGAUGUUGAGAUUGGCUCAAAUCACAUUCCCAACCAGGCCGACCAGAUCUCUCAAUCCAUUUCUUCAACAUCCAAAUCAGACGGGCAGAAACGGUCGACUCGAUCUUCCACUUCUGCAGCCACUGUAGCGGAUUCGACGAACGAGAAUACUGAGCCUGAGGUGAAAAAGGAACAAUCUGCGUCAAUCAGGCCAGAGCAAAAGAUCGAAGAUCAACACACCCUUUCGACUAAUGAUGAGCAGACAAAGCAACCACAAUCAUCCCCACCUCCACGCCGUCGAGAAUCAACCAGAACUCGCAAACCGUCAAGCAGACUACUACCAUCUCCAUCUCCACCACCACAGCGAAGUAGUGGAACCAAGAAGACUUCGGUACCAUUAACCAACGCCCCAUCAUCAGAUAGAAUCAGUGUCCUAGCUAGCGGUCUUCCGGCAAUCGGCGAUAGUAGUACAGAUUCGGUCAUGAGCGAGCUAGUAUCUGGUCCUGGAAAGCGCAAACGUCGUCCAAGCACGAUGACCAGACCGCCUUCAACAAUCACAAAAGGGGAAGACGUCGAGGAUGAUGCAAUUACACUUCCUGUAUCCAAGAGCAAGGGCCGCACUUCAACAAAGAGCACGAGCCCAGAAGAGAAGGAAGUUGAACGCAUCAGCAAUGUAUCACAAAAGCCAAAGUCGAUUCAAAAGAAGACAAAGGGUGAACCUGGUCAUAUUCAAAAGAUCAAGCUGAGCAGGCCAAGCACAAGCACGAUUUCUGAAUCUGACACUAUGGAAGCAAGUCAAUUGCUGCCUGCUGAUACCACGACUCAAGAUGACGCAUACGACUCUGAUGGUGGCUUCCAAAGCAUUCCGAUUGCAUCUAAUUCAAAGAUGUCACGUAAAUCCAUCUCGAAAGCGCCCGCAGAAAUGACAGUGGAUCUCAUGCGAUCAUUUUCCGCAGCUUCAGCCGCUGGUUCCGAACCUCCUCCACUGAUUUCGCGAAGAGGCGGAUUGAAAGGUAGCAUCACACUUCAUCGACAAAGCAGCAAACCAUCCAGCUAUGGUCAUCAUCAAACCCAGCCAAAUUCGCACAAAUGGUCAUGGGAUCGAGCAGGAGUUAAUGUGCCAUAUUUGCGUUUCAAGCUGGACAAUCUUCCGUCAAAGGUUGAGGAUGAAGAGAGCAGCGCUGCAGAAGAGGAAGAUGAUUUCCAUGUUGCAAUGCUCAAUAAUGACAACUUUGAUGCGAUGAGUGAUGCUGAUGAAGAUGAGCCUAGAGCAACGACAGCAUCGACAAAGAGCAGCCCACGCGCAUUCAAAAGUCAUGACAGUAGCGAUAUUGACGAUACGCCCGCUACUACUCCUCAAAGUCCACGAUCGACAUGCGAUGGACAUGAGAGAAGGUGCAGUCAGGAUAGAACGAUUGCUCGAACCAGUCAAGAAGUGGAAGAACCAAAAGGUAGAAGUCGAACAGUGACUCGGGAUGCCGUCUUUGCUCACGCCUUGGAGCCGUCCGCCAAUCGACCGCAUACUCAUGCAGGAGCAUUGACGCUUUCGCUGCCGUAUGAUGAGAUGACAAAUCCCAACGAUGACGAUUCAGGCGCCAAAGAAGCUCUUUUGGUCACCGAAAGUGUCAUUAAAGCGGAAGAUGUAGACGCUCACCCCUCACACGACGAAGCUGAUGUCGGAGGUGUGGCAUCGGAAUUACUUGGUCCCGCAGGCUCUUUGGAUGUUCAACGUCAAAUGCUCUCAAGCCCCAACCCAAGCAGUGCUUUCGUCAGUCCUCUAAUGUCAAACGUUCAAUUGGUCAAAAGCGAGCCCACUCCUCUGGCUCUUCCGCCUUCAUACGCUGAUGGGGCUCGUAAUGAAAAGUCCAAAUUGAGCAAAUCUACUCGCUUUGAUUCAGCAAGCUCUUCUGAUAUUGAAGAAGAUGACGACGAUGGGGAAAACGGAUACAGUCAAAUUCCUAUGGCAUUCGGUCCACCGGAGAGUGUUUGUUUGUCGGAACUAGACAGAGCAUGGGAGCAAGGCGAAUAUCUACUUCGAGCUAGAAAGUUGGCCAAUACCUCCUUCGAGAUUGCUGAUGAAGAUGUUCGGGGUCCCAUCAAAGACACGAGCAGCGGUAAGCGUACAUCUGACAUGCAAGACGAAGAAGAUCAGGUGGAAGAUGAAAGUCAAAGAAAGAAGACACGAACGCCAGUCAAGCAGACCAAGGGCGUAUCAAAAGCGUCACCAACGACCAACACUCGUUCCACUCGUCGCAACACUCGGAGAUCUAGCGGCGUACGCUCCUAG